GGGGGACAAAGAAACUGAAACACUCGGAAGUGCAAGAGGAAUCCAUCAGAGAACAAAAACUCAAACAUUGUGUAGGAUGAUUUUAUUAUUUCUGUAAGAGCCCAUUAGUUCGUUAGAUGCUGCAAGACCUGCUGUGUAUUUCUGGCACUUUCUGUUUUGAUUUCGGAUUUCCAGCAUCAGCAAUAUUUUGCUUUUGUACCAGUAUUGGUAGACUGUGUAGACCAACUGGUCUAUCGCUGGCUGUCAUCUUUGUGUUUUGAGUGCCCCACUGAAACAAUGGACACUGGGUUUAUCCGCUUUCAAAAACAAUGGUGAGAAAUGUUUCGAAAAGGAAAGAAACGCCAUAGCAGUAGCAGUUCUCAAGGCAGUGAAAUCAGCACAAAAAGCAAAUCAGUAGAUUCCAGUUUGGGUGGUCUUUCUAGAUCUAGUACAGUGGCUAGUCUUGAUACAGACUCCACAAGGAGUUCAGGACAGAGUAACAGUAACUUUGACACAUGCACUGAAUUCCGAGUGAAGUAUUUAGGUGCUAUUGAAAACUUAAAAGCCAGUUUAUUUGAAUGUCUUCAAGGACCACAAGAUUUGAUUAAUUAUAUAGAUUUGGCACAGCAAUAUGGAAAACUACCUUUUACACCAUCAGAAGAGGAGAGUAUUUUAUAUGUCUCCAAAUAUGGUAUCAAAGUUGCAUCCUCUGAUCAAUUUGACAUUUUGCACAGACAUCCAUUAUAUUUGAUAGUGCGAAUGAUCUGUUAUGAUGAUGGCUUGGGAAUGGGAAAAAGCCUCCUUGCUAUAAAAACCACCGAUGCAAACCAGAAUGAGUAUAGUAUCUGCGUGUAUCAGUGUAAUAGCCUGGAACAAGCUCAAACAAUCUGCAAAGUUCUGUCCACUGCUUUUGAUUCAGCACUUUCCUCAGAGAAAUCCUGACGUGACUGUUGUCUAAACAUUUGUCAACUCAUGAUGUAGUUUCUUCGGUUAUUUACCUUAUGUGUGACUGCUUUCAACUACAGUUGCUGCCUUAGGUCUGUGAACUAAUAUAAAGUGUUAGAAAUUCUGAGAUUUGAAGUUUUCAAUAUUUUCAGCAAAAUGAGAAACAUUGGUCUGUUUGUUAGUAUUGUGCAAGUCCCCAGUUUCAUAGCUGUCUGCCAAUGGGUUACUAUUUUAAGUCCAGAACAAUUGCAGUGUCAAUUACCCUCAUAGGUCCUUGAAACAGACUUAAGUUUACUGCAGGCUUAAAGGAAAUAAAAGUUUCAGAAAAUGCAAAUAAUCACUGAAAUGUAAUAAACUUGUAGCAAACAUGAAGCCUUGCUUUGUACAGUAACAUGUCUGUAAAUAUCAGAUCAAUAAUGAAUAACUUUGAUAAUCUUAUGCUACAUUGUAUAAUGCUCAAUUUUUGUAUAUACUUCAGCACUAACAGUAGCUGCUUAAAUAAGCAAGCCUUGAUGCCUUUUUAAGCCAAAUAUGUUUUAUAAACAUUGAAUAGGUCAAUACUGGUUUUUAAAGUAAAUGGCAUUGCAUUUCUUGCCCUUUCAAGUAAGUAUGCAUGAACCAGCAUCCUUUUAUUUAUACACAACUUUGUUGUACAAUUUAUAUUACCAAACUGAAUUUACGUUGUUACAAAUAAAAGAAAUACAGCAAGUAA